UGUACCAUGGCGAGGGAGGGAGGGAGGGAGGGGAGGAGAGGAGGGGGGUCGGAUGGGGGCUCCGUGGGGCGCGGGUCGGCCCCACUGCAGUCGAGCAGCUGCUGCGAGGGAGCAAGCUGUCGCGCCACUAUAUGGUCAGAAGGAGGCGCGAAUCUGCGAGCUCACGAUCUCUAACGGUGGUGGGGGCACGCGAGGAGUGCGCAAACGAGAUCGCGAUUUCAUGCCACUGUCUAACGAGCGCGACGGGAUGAGGUGGGCGCGAGAGGAUUGCAAAUAAUUCCGUCCUGCCGAGCUCAUCAUCAAAUGGUCAUCGCAGUCAACUGUUACGUGAGGACCCGAUAAAGCGCCGCUGGGGAUUCCAGUCGGUUCCUGCCUCCCCCCCCCCCCCCCUCCCCAUCCCCUCCCCUCCCUUUCCCGGUCCCGGAACCAGCUCCGAAAUGCCAACAAAUUUCAAUCGGAAUUCCGUGUCCAAGGCACGUUCUCUCUCGUCUUCCUUCGCCAUACAUUAUUUUAUCCACAUUUGGUAGGGAAACGCAAGCUUGCUCGCAUGCUUACUACAUACGGAUUGUUAUAAUCAUAUAGCAUACACGAAACAUUGUUCAUAUGAAUAGAUUACUCACGCAGGCAGGAACUGGAACAGCACUAGCCAAUGUCUAAAGCUAUGCAUAGAUGUCAGGAAGCUGUUCCUUGAACUGUGUUAUGCGGAGGUUAUGAAAUGAGACUUUCUCGGACAUGUCUAUGAGAUAGCCUUACAGAUUAUAAGACAUGAUGUAUCAUUAUCUUUAGUGUAUUAGGUGAUUAUGUAAUACAUUUUUUAAAUUUAACUGUCA